CCCCCCCCCUCCACCGGGGGUACUUCGUCGACAGUAUAAUUCUCACGGCAUCCCAUCUACAUAUACCCCCUUUAUACUUGUUCCUAUUCACUUCUUUUGAUAAGACAGAAGCGGGAGAACUCCAUAACAAAAUAAUCCAGUACAUAUACGAAACACUUCGCUCAAUACAUUAAGAUAUGGAUCUCGAGUUCGACGAACAUGGAUAUUAUAUCCUACUUUCAGAUCGUGGGGAUAGUUGGCGAUUCCACUGGGGCCUCUACCUUGCCAAAACAAAAACAUCACCAUCUCGUCAAUGACACGCCCUCGACUGACUGGCGAUUAGAAGUCAAAGAGAGCGGCAAUGUGCUUCAGUCCAAUAAACUCUUGGUGCCCUGAAGAUCGGAAUCAUUGAGCCGAUGUUGCAUGAGAUGCUAGGGCAAUGCCUCAUUGAAAUCCCUAUCGAGUAUUCCACCCGCUUUAAGGAGAACAUCACCUGUCGAGUCUGGCUUAAGGAGGCCGUCCAUGAGCUCAACGAAAGGGGCCUACUGAAUCUCCAUGAAUCUGUCGAUUCGAUAGAGUUUGAAGCGAAUAGCACAGCUUUGUCUAGCAAGGCCACAAAGAAAAAGUCCGUCAAAUUAUCCAUGGGGACUUGUCCGUGACUUGGUCACUCCCCUGUCCCGCGGUACACGGACACGCAAAGAGCUAGUAAUCGUGAGCAGGGACCUAGUGAAAUGAACAGAGACAAAAUGAAUACUUUCAUAGAUGGCACCUUCUUACAUGGUCCCACGGCUUGCUAUUGUAUUUGCCCCCUUAAGUUUUCCUCUCAAUUAUCUAGGAGUAUCACUGUAUCGGAGUGUGAUGUCUUUUGGUGGGCAUUGGCUAGCCCGGAGCACAUGGACAAGGAGAAUUAUUCAAAUCUAUAUUUCCUUCUGAUACUGCGCUUUCACAAACCUCCCUCAUAAGUCCGGAGCUGUAGUUGAAGAAAUCAGUCAUUUUGGAAGCGAGAAGAAACCCACCCCCACUGGGCACUACUUCACGCUUGGUCCCCUGAGUUAACUGAGGAGUUAAGGCUGCCCCUGGACC